AUGGGUCCAACGCCGGCGCCUCUCGGCGACCUGGGUACUGAACUCGUGCAUAUCUACGUUGGCAAGAAACGUAAACAUUACGCUGUUCAUAAGAAACUGAUUUGCGAGAAGUCGGAAUACUUCAACGCGGUGUUCACGGGUAGCUCCAGAGAAAAUGACGGAGAGAUGUAUCUGGAGGAAGUAAAUGCGGAGGUUUUGCGGCUGUUCGUCGAUUGGCUUUACAGUUCUCGAGUUUCGCAGCAAGACACCGCAGAGCACCUUCUCAACCUCUUCAACCUCUACAUCUUUGCGGGGAAGAUCUGUGAUAGCAAUCUCUCGAACCGAACGAUGGAUGCUAUCAGGCAGAUCGUCUAUCGCUGUAGAGAUGCACGAACCACGCCCGAGCUUGCUCUCCACAUAUACAGCCAGACAGCGGAGGGUUGCCCCCUUCGAAAAUUCUGCAUCCAUCACCUUGCCUGGUCGAUCUUCCUGGACUAUGAUAAUUUCACCGACGAAAACCAAAUUUCGAUCCCCGGUGGCAAACGCUUGAGGGAAUUCAUCAAACAGCUCUUCAAGCACGAGGACUUGAUCGUGGAUUAUUUUGCGUUUAUCCGAGAUAACCACAACAAUCUUCGAGAUCCGGUCCCUUUCAAGUGCCAAUUCCUCAUGCCAGACAGUCGCUGCGAGCAUGAUUUUCACCGCCACGAUGGUCACGAGAAGGAGAGAAAGUGCUACCUGGAGGAGGUCUCCAUUUUUGAUGAAUACGUGCAGUGGCCGGAGGGACAUAGAAUGAAGGACCUUACUACGUCAGCGGAAGCAUCGAAGACUUCUAUCAACUACAAGGGUCGCUUCAAAAGAAAGCGAGUCGUUACAUUUCAAUCUCCAUACAUGCUCGACCAGCUGACACCCCGCAGCUUUAGCGACGAAGUGGUUACCAUCUAUGUCGGUCCCAAACGCAAAAAGUUCGUCUUGCACGAGACGCUGCUUUGCAACUCGGUCGACUUCUUCAACGGCGCCUUCAGCCCCUCGUUUAAGGAGGGGUGCGAAGGAGUUGUGAAUCUGCCAGAAGGCGGAAGAACCCAAUCCUACUUGGACAAUCUCGUCGAUCUCUACAUCUUCGCCGGCAAGAUAUGCGAGGUUGCUUUGAAAGACACUAUAACGGACGUCAUCCAAGACAUCGCAACAAAGUACAAGCUCCGCGACGAUGCCUUCGUGCCUGUCCUCGAAAAGCUAUGGAGCAUUUCCCUUCCAGAGCCCGGUCUAGUUCGUGUGGUCGCAUGUAUCAUCGUCGACUUGUUUGUCAGGAAGUCGCAUAAGGAGAAGGUCAGUUGGUUUAUAGUGGGUAUCAGACUCCAGGAUGAUAAGGUGGUCUGUAACUUGACCAGGGAUAACCUGGAACACCUUCAGAUCAUGAUGAGGCUUCUUCAUUAUGUACUCGUCGUUCCAUUCUAUCCUGCUAUUUCGGGCUAUAGUCCAUGGAUGAGGCGUGAGGCGUCGAAGGGCAGCCGGUGCUUCUUUCAUGUCCAUGAGGACGGUCGGGACUGUAGGGCUACCUCGGCUAUGAAGACGAAGAGGAUUUCGCGAAGGACGUACGGAGUAGUUGCUAUAGCAGAUAAGGCAAUUUCACAAGACUAG